AUGGCACGUUCUAGAGGUACUGUUAGAAGAUCCGCUCCAGCUCAAACACGUUCGUCUUCCACAAUGGCUGUUCCUGCCAGGUCUGCUCCUCCCUCGCAACCUGCUGUCAACCAACCACCAGCCCAAGUUGCCCAACCUCAGCAACCAGGUUUAUUUGCCCAAAUGGCGUCUACUGCUGCCGGUGUCGCAGUUGGUUCUGCAGUUGGACAUACUAUUGGUGCCGGUAUCACUGGUUUGUUCUCUGGCUCAGGUUCUGCUCCAGCUGAAGCGCAACCACAACAAGUUGCAGCUGCAGCUCCCCAACAGCAAUACCAGGAGCAAGCAAGGCAUUGUGAUGUCGAUGCUAGAAACUUCACUCGUUGUUUAGAGGACAAUAAUGGAAACAUGCAGAUCUGUGACUUCUACUUGCAGCAGCUUAAGGCUUGUCAAGAAGCUGCUCGUUUGUACUAA